UUUUUUUUCUAUUGUAGGUGAGAUCUCACUUUCUACCUCAAAAUCAACUAAAAUUUACAUAGACGAGACAAUUUCAGAAAUAAUUCAAUUCAAGUCAAGUUUAGUGCAUCGGUUGUCGAGUGGAUCUAAUUCUUCCAAGUUUAAAAAAACAAUUGCGGAGAUGAAACAGCUUUAUCAAUCAGCUAUCAACAAGGGUGAGUCCUAUUUGGUUACAGCUACUGUUGUUGACAUACGAACUGGUUAUGGAUGGUGGUAUGCAUCUUGUGGUGGUAUAUGUAGGAAGAGGGUUGUUCCUACGGAAAGCUCUAUGUUAUGUCCUAAUUGCAACAAACUUGUUCAAUGUCCUCAACCAAGAUUUCGUGUUUACGUUGAUGUGGAAGAUUUGAAUGGGUCUGCAACCUUUCUCUUGUUUGAUGAUGUUGUUUCUAACUUUUUGAAAGUCACCGCCGGUGAAUUGGUUUCUUCUCAAUCAAAUGAAAACACUGAUGAUUAUGUCUUACCCCCUGUGUUAAGCAACCUCAUUGGAUCAAGCUUUGAUUUUGAAUUAAGAGCUGGUUGUCAAAAAAAUUAUGGUGAUCUUAAGCAUUUUGUUGUUAGUGGAAUGAGUGGGAUUACAAUUGCAUCUACUAACUUGAAAAAGAUUGAAGCAAGUGUUUCUAAUUCAUUGAUUGAUGGUUCAACUAUUAAGCAUGCUGGCAAAGGGGAAGGUUUUGAGAUAAAGUAUACUUCUAAGGAAAUGGCUGAUCCUCAGUUACUUGAUGUAGACGUGGUUGAGCAAAGGGUCGCGAAGAAGAGAAAAAAAGGGGUUGUUGAUAUGGCUACUUCGGAUGAUUCUCUUACUUCCAACGGUGUUGACAUGAAUGAUAGAUAAAUUGUUGAUUACUUCUUUACAGAUUUUAGUAUGCCUUUGUCACCAAUCGCGAAGGAGCCAGGACUGAUCGAGUAGUAGAGAGUGACUCCUUGUAGGCUAUAAAUGAGAUAAAAAAAUUCAGCUACUUCAUAUUAGGCAAGAGGAAAUUGGAUUCAGCUCCAGUGCUUUACAAGCUGCUCUCGCUUCCAUCUCAAAUGUAUCACAUUCAUAUUGUCAACAUGAAGGCUCCAGCUCCAAUGAUUGCUCUCUCAUGGUUCCUAAUCACUAUGCCUCCACCUUCUACACUAUUAUUGCGGUCCACAGCCCCAUCAAAAUUGAUUUUGUAGGCAUCAUUCGUAGGAGGUGUCCACUUUUGGGCGUUUUGAGUGGCUUGUUCUUUCCUUAUAUGAGCUUGAAUGUAUUCUGCCUGAUACUUCUUAAUGAAACUUGCAGCAUUUUGAACCUUUCUCCUAUCCUCUCCAUGAAGCUUACCAUUCCUUCCAUUCCAUAGAAUAUAUAGCUACCAUUAAUAUUUGCAAAUGCUGUUUAUCCAAAUUCUUGUUAUUCAGCAUCAGCCUUUAUGUCAUUGGUAUGACUUCAUAAUUUCGUUACUGACAUGGCUCCAUUGAAAACCGAUUUGUUGCCAUAUUCCCCUAACAUGAAUACAGUUUCGGAUUGAAUGGUCUUUCGUUUCUUCCCUGUCCUCGCAACUGAAACUAAUUUUAUGCACUGUGAUAGAGUCUCCAAAUUAGAACUUUGAUUUUGUUAGGAACAUUCAUCCCCCAGAAUCUCUUCCACGUUGGUUUUGUAUUUUCAUCAACAUUACGAGACUUUCCUUCAAUACUACUCCGCAUUUGGUAAGUGUUUUCAGUGUACACUACCAAAAAAAAAAA